AUGGUCGAAACCAUUGCAUCAGAACGGAAGGUCCAUUUGAUAGAUAUGGGAAUCAGGUGUGGAGUCCAUUGGACAGUCUUGAUACAGGCUCUUGCAGACAGACAGGAUUACCAGCCCAUCGAGCUUCUCAAGAUCACUGCUAUUGUAUCAAAAGACAUUGAGGAGAUAGGUACGAGGUUAGCCAAUUUUGCCAAGACCUUGAACUUGCCAUUUUCGUUCAAGUCAAUUAUUUUAUCAGACAUGAAAGAUGCCAAGGAAGAACUAUUUGAAACAGAAGAGGGUGAAGCAAUCAUCAUUUAUGCUUCGUAUGUACUGAGGACAAUGAUACCAACACCUGAUUACUUGGAAAACUUGAUGAGAGUGAUGAGAAAUCUCAAUCCGACUAUAAAACAGUAUGAUGAGGAUCGAAUCAGAUUGGAAACAAUUUGUGGUGAUGCAAUCCGAAACAUUGUGGCAGAGGAGGGUGAAGAAAGGACUAUUCGAUGUGUUCCGUUGUAUGUUUGGAAGGCGUAUUUUGGAAGGUUUGGAAUGGUGGAAAUUGGGAUAAGUGAGUCAUCUUUCAAGCAAGCUAGUUUGGUUCUCCAAAAGUUCGAUUGCAGGAGUUGUUGCAUACUUCAUAAGAAUGGAAAAUGUCUAGUUGUUGGGUGGAAGGGAACCCCAAUUCAUUCCCUUUCAGUUUGGGGGUUCUGCUGA